CCCUCUUGAUUUUCCGACUGUAAGUCAGGAUUAAUUGCUCUUCUGUUAUCCUUAGAACAAUUCCCCAUAGUCUGACCUAUUAGUAAAGCAUGUGAUUACAUAAAUAUCCAAUACCCCUAUACAGAGACUCAAGUUUGUAACUACUUGUAUGCUUUGGAGUCACCUAUUACUUGCUCCUGCAUUAGUUAUUUUCUGUGGAUUAGAAGUUGUCAGUUUCAGUUUUCUCCUUCCAACGAGGGCGCCCUGAGAAUUAAAAAAGAAAAAAAAAAAAUGGAACCACAUCUUGACACUAUAAUGGAAGUGGAGUUGACAUUUCUCUAACGAUGUUUACCCAACACAUUUUGAGAACAUUAAUUAUUAACAUAAGUAAUGCUAGGUUUGGGAAGUUCUGCUGGGACCCUUCCUUGGAUUUGGUAAUUAAGAAUAAUAUUGCUCAGCAUAAGAUGGGAUCUCAUUUGUAGACCAAAGCGACUUGGAGGAUUAAGCCUCCGGGAUUUUAGAGCUUUCAAUUUAGCUAUGUUGGGAAAGUAAAGCUGGCGUAUGAUGCAGGAGAGGACCACCUUAUGCUAUCAAGUCCUCAGAGUUAAAUACUUUCCCGAUGGAGAUUUCUUGGGAGCUUCUGCAGGAGCUAACGCUUCUAUGGUCUGGCAAGGGGUUGUUGCUGGCCUUGGUAUUCUUAAAUUGGGAUCAACAUGGAGAAUAGGUACUGGACAGGACGUCAGACUUUGGAGAGACAACUAGUUGCCUUCUGGGGCCAUCCCUCGGCCACAGUCUGCUCUUGUUUACCAGGACAUGGAUGAUAGGGUCAGUGCUUUAAUAGAUGUAAAUAAAGGCUGCUGGAAGUAAGGAGAUGUUCGACAACAGUUCUGUGCAGAAGAUGCAGAGAGCAUUCUACACAUCAACCUUAGUAGAAGCUGCUCCUUUGAUAGAUUAAUAUGGCUUGGGACCAACAAUGGCAAAUUUUCGGUUAAAUCUACAUACAAAUAUGCUUGGGAGUUGAUCUUUGGCACUCAAUAUCACGCCCAUGAUCAAUUCCUGAAACCAGUUUGGAAAGUGCAGAACAAAUAAGGAGUACCAAUGGUAUUAAUACCCAGAAUCCGUUAAUGAGUGGGGAGAAACUUGCGAUUCCAUUGCCAUGCACAUGCUUUGACAAUGUUAACAAUGGGAUUGCUUCAGUGUACUCGUCAUAUGUAGUGCAAAGGGGGGAUAGUUUGGCCAGCAUUGGGGCUCAAUUUGGAGUAAGUACUAUGAACUUGGUGGCAGUGAAUGGGCUCAGCCAGCCGGGAGUUGAUCCUGGAGACAUACUCUCCAUCGCAAUUGCAGCAUGUUCAUCUGCAAACCUCAACUGGUACAAUGAGAGCCUAAUUGUUCCCAAUGGAUCAUAUGCUCUUACUGCCAACAGCUGCAUCAAAUGUUCUUGUGGACAGCAUGACCUCAAUUUGCGAUGCGGGCCCUCUGGUAUUGAAACCACAUGCUCUCUGUUAUCUGAGCUUUUUAUUGGCGACUCACAUGUGGAUCAGACGGCUACAGGGUGUAACAUCACUACUUGUGUUUACCGUGGCCAUCUUGG